GAUACAUGCAUGGACGCAUGCAUUUGCAGAUGCACAUGUGGGGCCACGGCCGCGAGUACCGCAAGGGCCCGGAGUCGCUCAAGGGCACGCAGACGCUGGCGAUGCUGAAGCUGCCGUGCUACUGCUGCGCGCCGGGGUGCAAGAACAACGUGUCCCACCCGCGGGCGCGGCCGCUCAAGGACUUCCGCACCCUGCAGACCCACUACAAGCGCAAGCACGGCGCCAAGCCCUUCUGCUGCCGCCGCUGCGCCAAGCCCUUCGCCGUCAAGGGCGACUGGCGCACGCACGAGAAGAACUGCGGCAAGCGUUGGUUCUGCGCGUGCGGCUCCGACUUCAAGCACAAGCGAUCCCUCAACGACCACGUCCGCUCCUUCGGCGCCGACCACCGCCCCGUCGACGACGACGCCGCCGCACCUGCACCCAAGGACCACCGCAUCAUACGCUUCCAUCAUCAUCAUGCUCGGUGAGAUCAUAUCUACGAGAGCUACGUACCCUAUCCCGGCCCGGCCGCCCCGUAAGAUAUGGUGAUCGACCUGCAUGCUGCGGCGCUGCAGGUUUGUUACGUACAUGCAUGCGAACCAUGCAACCGAUCGGCCGAUGCUACUAGGAUCAAGGUAACUGAGGACUAGUAUACGUAGAUACUUCCUUGGAUAUAUAUCAACACACAUGCACCAAGAAUGCUGAUAUAUGUAAGGAAAAGAUUUAAAGAGAAGUGAUAGAUCAACAAUAAGAUGGCUUGUGCCAAAUUAAGCUGUGAAGUAGUUGAAUUUUCUUCUGCAGGCCUUGUUACCCCCCGCUGUCCAUGUAACCUUGUAGUGAAGAAAAUUUAACAGCUUCACAGGCUAAUGAAAUGUAGUCCGGAGUUAAUCUACUGAUAUGCAGUUUUAUGAGACGUGCAUAUUUGAGGCAUGGUUAAUAUAAUAGUUAUGUGGCGUA